AUGCCUCGCUCACAGAGGAACCGUCUUCACCAGGAGGAGGAUGUGCACUUGCGAUCCAUGCACGGGCCGUUGGGCACUUCCAAGACUGCAUCUGUCAGCUUGUGCCACCUGGAUGAACUGCACGACCUUGGGGUGAACCUGGCCCGGCAAGGUCGCUUGGCCGAGGCGGAGAGCGCGCUGCACCAGGCCUGGCAGGGCCGAAGCGGGCGCCUGGGCGCCGACCACCCCAUGACGCACAACUCCCUGCGGGAGUGUGCGGAGCUGCGGCGUCGCCGGGGCGACGAGGGCACCUGCGAGACUCUGCUGCGGCAAAGCCGCUGCCACGGCCUUCACCAACGCCACCCUGAGAUGGGCAAUGGUCUGCUGCCCACCACCCAGCACCACACCAAGGUGACACCAAAGAACCCGCGGGCGCUGCAACACUCGGAGUUCCCGACCCGAAACCCGGGACCCUGCCGAUUUGACGAGCAGACGCUGCGCAGGAGCUUCAGCAUGUCGGAGAUCCGGAAAAGCCCGCAGACGCCGCAAACGACCAUCAAGCUGCUGCUCGGUGCAGUUCCCGAAUCAUAA